AUGAUCAAACAGGGACUGAAAGCUAUGAACUUGGUCAAAUUACUCGAUGGUCAGACUGCACUAGGGAAUAAAUCUGGUACGAAGGAUAUAGGACAGUACAAGUUCUGGAAAACUCAACCUGUACCUCAAAUGGGACAAGAUAGAGAGAUCAUUGAAGAAGGUCCGAUAGACCAGUUGAAAACACCACAAGAGGUAAAACAAGAGCCUGGACCAUUACCGAGUGGGUUUGAGUGGUGUACCGUGGACAUACAAUCGGGAGAGCAAUGCAAAGAAGUCUAUGAAUUACUAUCGGAAAACUAUGUCGAGGAUGAUGAUGCCAUGUUUCGGUUCAACUACUCGAAAGAGUUCUUACUUUGGGCCCUGACUGCACCUGGCUACGUACCCGACUGGCAUAUCGGUGUGAGAGUGAUCAAAUCUGGAAAAUUGGUGGCUUUCAUCUCCGGUAUCAAAGUGGAGAUUCGUGUGCGGUCGCACACAUUUGACUCUGCCGAAAUCAACUUCCUCUGUGUCCACAAGAAGCUCCGCUCUCGUCGUUUAGCCCCCGUCCUUAUCAAAGAAGUCACAAGACGAUGUAAUUUGAGUGACGUGUGGCAAGCCAUUUACACGGCCGGAGUGUUGUUACCCACUCCUGUUUCCACAUGCCGCAGAUACUACCACCGUAAUCUCAACCCUCCCAAAUUAGUAGACAUAGGUUUCGCCGCUCUCCCUCGUACAUCCACCAUCGCAAGAAUGAUCAAACAAUACACCGUCCCUAUGCAAACGCACAUACCUGGGUUCAGAGAGAUGGUUUCGGCCGACGUACCUCAGGUCGGAGCGUUGUUACGAAAGUAUCUCACUCGAUUUGACGUUGCUCAGACGUUUGGGAGUGAUGCAGAGGUAGAACAUUGGUUUUUGUCUGGUAAGGGGAAAGGAAGGGGGGAUGGUGUCAAAAGGGAUGGUCAAGUGACUUGGGCAUUUGUCGUGGAGGACCCCACAACACAUCUCAUAACCGACAUGGUAUCAUUUUAUUCCCUCCCUUCGACAAUCAUGAAACAUCCUAAACAUAAAUUACUCAAUGCGGCAUACAUGUUUUAUUAUGCUAGCGAUAUCAUUUUCUCCCCUGGUGGAUCGGCGGAUGAUGCUCAGACUCAUGAGGCUAGAGUUCAAGGGAAAUUGGCGGAAAGAUUGAAUGAAUUGGUACUUGAUUUGAUGGUGAUUGCUCAGAAGGCCGGGUUUGACGUAUUAAACGCCCUCACAUUGUUAGAUAACAACAUGUUCCUUUCCGAUCAAAAGUUUGGUGCGGGGGAUGGUUUCUUAGUAAAUUAUCUAUACAAUUGGAAUACCGCACCUAUUGAUGGAGGUGUUAAAGGAUUAUCAGGGAAACAAAGUUCAGGUGUAGGAGUGGUGAUGCUUUAA